AUGGUGGACAAGAGGGCGGCGCUGGCGGCGGUCGGGGUGGGGGUGACGAUGAUGGCGCUGGUGCUCCUGGCCUCCUCCUCUGACGAUGCUCUGGCUCUCCUCUCCAACCACCACAGACAUGCGGAGCGACACCUGGAGAAGGCGCUGCUGCUCGAGCGAACCAUUGCACAGAAAGACGCCAGCAGUCUCCGUGAGCUGUCACAGUUGGCGGCAGCAGCAGACAAGCAGGCGAGCAGCGCGAAGAAGCUUAAGGAUGUAGAAACAAAGAAGCUCAUGAUUUCAAGUGGCUCCAAAGUUGAUGCAGAGAAUAUGCUCGCAAACGAGGCGAUCAAAAAAUCGCGGGAGAUCAAAGAUCAGGUCCAUGACCUACAGCAAGCGAUGGCGAAGCUGUCCAAGCAGCUGCGGAAGGAUCAUCACCUAGCGAGAAGUGAAGAGAGGAAGUUGCGAGAGGCGAGGCACGUCGAGCGCGACAGUAUCCUUGCUCUUCACGACAGAGAGACCAAAGUACUGGAGGCCAGGCAUGACGUCACCAACGCUGCUAAAGCUGGCGACCUCUCUGUCUUGCGUGACGCACAAGCACGCCUGCAUACCCGCAAGGCAAUUGCUAGAGGAGCUCGCGCGCAGGAGGAGGAAGACAAGAAGACAGUGGAGCAGCUCGCGGCGAAGGCUCGACUCUUCCGUAAGCGGGUGGCGGCAACGAAGCGAGAGAUGCACAAGGACAAGGCGAGGAUGCACAACGACCUUCUGCUGGCGAGAGAGCGAUUCGCCAAGGGACAGGAGCUCAAUGCUCGCGCGAACCUUCUCCGUGACGUGGCAGCCCUCAAAGCUGCGCACAAGAAGUACGACUCGCUUGAGGAGCUGCUGGACGACAGCAAGACCGACCACCACCAAGUGGAAGCGACGCUGUCAAAGAUCGCCUCCAACCUUCACACCUGGCAGAACCUCCGGCAGUCCGACAAGAAGUCCCUCGUGCAGCGUGACCGUGACCUCAAUGCGGCCAAGGAGCGGGUGAAGCGUAAGAGCAUAGCGCUCUCAGGCGGACUCCGGUCUUCUCCUCAGUCGUUGAUGCUCAUGGACGAGGGGUCGGACGCCGGGUGGGGAGGAGGGCCUGUUGCCCUUCAGCAGUCAGGAGCCAUGUUCUCCUAUGUGCCUCAGACCCAGCCGGGGCUGAACGUGCAACCUGCUCAAGCGUCUUACCCGGCAAACUCUCAGCAGCAGUUCGCCUGGCAGCCUCCACCCCAGCCUGUCCAAGGGCAGCUGAGCACGGCGCAGUUCUCCUACCAGCCAGCGCAGCAACAGUCGGCAGGAACUCUGCCGCAGGCUCCUCCUGCCUUCGCCUCUCAGCCUCAGCUGCAGCAGGCCGGCGCGCAGUCUGGCUCCGUGCAAGAUGCUCCUCCCGCGAACCCAGCCGCUCUUCCCGGGGCAGUCGGUAACAUCCCGUACGUGUACAACGACAAGCAGUUCCUGCCGUCCAAGGCCUCCGCCAAGGGCUACCCCAUCGUGUGGAUCUUCGCGGACAACAAGACCCCCGACAAAUUGUUCUUCGGGUUUCAGAGCUCCGACGGCGUCAUGCACGUUUACAACGAGAUCAAGCCCAACGGCGUGACCCGCCAGCAGGCCUUCGCAAAUGAAUACUGGACGAUCUUAGCGGCGGACAAGCGGACGGUGGCUGUGCAGCCGUUCAAGAUCAACCAGAACAACCAGUGGAUCUCGAUCCAACCCAACCCCCAACACGCAUAA